AUGGCUGAUCCCUUUUUUGACCGCACUGGAACAGUCGAUCUCUUAGUUGGAGGGGGCAUCUUCUUCGAGUUACUCGAACCAAGCAGAGUUCAGCUCCAGGUAAGGACAGCUUAUCUCCAGGAUACAAGGUUUGGGUGGGUGGUGACAGGUGAAGUCAACACCACUUACUUACUGUCGAUGAAGACUGCCGGCGAAAUUUUUGACGAGGAGUUUAGGUCAUUGUGCAGCUGUCAGUCAACUGGUUAUGGACUCGAGUCUAAAGCUAAUAAGAGAACCUUAGAGGAAAACAAGGUAUUGCAGCACUUCAAGGAAACAGCCAAGCGUGACGAGACUGGUAGAUUUAUAUUGCGUCUUCCAUUUAAGUCAGAGGUGCAUGAGCUUGGAAGCACAUUAGAAAUGGCCAGGACUAGAUUUUUAAGUGUCGAGCGAAGAUUACAGAGAGACGAGAAGUUAAAACUGCAAUAUGUACGAUUCAUGAAGGAAUAUUUAGAUAUGGGGCAUAUGGAGAGAUUCCGUGAAGAAUCGAACGUCUCCAGAGAUGUAUUCUAUCUGCCGCAUCACCCAGUACUGAAGCUUUCGAGCCUCACGACGAAAUUGCGUGUCGUUUUUGACGCCUCAGCUAAGAGUUCAUCAAGCCGUUCCUUAAAUGAUGUACUUAUGUGUGGCCCAAGCGUGCAGGACGACUUAUGUGCAAUUUUGAUGCGUUUUCGCAAGUAUCAGUUCGUAAUAACUGCCGACGUUGAGAAAAUGUUCCGACAAAUUAAGAUAGACCCAAGUGAUCGAGACUUCCAGAGGGUACUUUGGAGACUAGCACCAGAUGAAGCAUUGGAAACCUAUCGACUUACGACUGUGACUUAUGGGACCACACCCGCCUCCUUCAUGGCCACAAACUGCCUCGUGUCGCUGGCCGAGAGUUCAAAACAUACUAAUCCAGAAGCAUCUGUAAUAAUACAGCGUGACUUUUAUAUGGAUGACCUGAUGUCCGGAGCGGACACUAUUGACGAGUGCUUCCGGCUCCAACAGCGGAUAAGUGCCAUUCUCGCUUCAGCAAAUCUACCGUUAAGAAAAUGGUGCUCGAACUCGUCCGAACUUCUAAGGCACAUAGGCAAAUCCAGCAACGAUCCAUUAUUCGCUUUACAGAUCAGAGCCGAGGAUAUUGUUAAAUCGCUUGGUCUCAGUUGGAAACCAGAAGCAGAUGAAUUUCGAUUUUUUGUACAACAUGAUCCGUCAAGAGCAAGGAGUACAAAAAGAUUGCUGUUGUCGGAUCUAAACUGA